UAAAUUUUGGCAAAUAGUUUUUAACACACAUUUAACACUCACAGAGGAUUUCUGAUUUAUAAAAAAUUUCCAAAUUACAAAAGAUAUAUAAACUCAAAGUCUUUCCAAACAGAUACUAUUCCUACAGACUAAAGGAACAUACCCAUGAGUUGUAGAUGAAUGAGCUGUCCAUCGCAGAAACUAAAAGUUGAGAAAUGAAUUCUAUUUCUUCUUUUUGUCAUGCUGUAUUUCAGUCAUUCUUCUUGUCAUCCCCAACAAUCCACAAUGCAUCUAACAUUUACACUUUUGCUACUAGUUGGUAUUUUCUGCAUAUGGUGUUUUAUAGAUACCUUUGCUGGGACAAGGUAAUUCAUACAGAUGCUCUAACAGCUUCUGGGGACAGAGAUCCCAGACACCCAAAUUUAAUGCUGACUCUCUGAGUACACAAGUAUCUCAACUAGUAGUUGAUCAAUAGAGAACUUUGCAAAUAACUUAGCUGGUUUGAUGCAGGCCGCUUAACCUAACCCCAUUGUCUUGCGUUGAUUAAAAGUGGGCUUACAAGACCUUAUUUUUCACUUAUUUAUAAUAUUUAUUUAUUGGUUAGAAGUUUAACUUUGUGAAGAACAACUCUGACCCUUCGGGUAGGUCAGGUUGCUGUGCUGGAAAGUUGAGAAUAACAAUAAGACCCCUGUCCCCUGUGUCCUGGAAAGUGAAUAUGCAUCACACAAGGAUCAGUGGGGAGGGACAAGUGGUCAAGGGGGACAUCUAGAGAUUGAUUCCUGCAGAAAGCACAGUGUGGGGGUAGCGAGGGAAAGAUGUGUUUAGGGGUAGGAUCCUGUUGAAGUUCUGGAGAAUGAUGCAAAGGCUGUGAAGGGAUAGGUAAGGACAGGGAAACCCUAUCCCUGUUAUGGCGAAGGGAAGACGGAUAAGGCAGAUGUCCAGGAAAUGGCAGAGAUGUGGGUGGGGGCAGCAUCAAUUCUAGUGGACUAUUAUUUGAAGAAGGAUAAGAACAGAUGACGUUGAGGUGGAGGAGCUGAAAACAGGAAUAGCAAUUUCUUACAGUAUCUUUUCUUGUUCCAGGAUCGAUGAAAAUGGCAGAGACAUCUUGCAUCUCUCAGGCUUGUGGAUGUAUCAGAGAAUCCCAAAAUGUUUUCAGCAUGGAGGAAGGCUGUUCACUCCACUGAACUCAGACCAGCAAGGUAGCUCAUUUCACUCUCCCACCCAAAUCGCUGUCAGAUCGACCAUGAUUCCUUCACCUCCACUGCCUCUUCCCACAACUGAUCACUGCUCUGUUACUCCCUCGAGAUGUAACAUCCCAACCACAUCACUCAUGUCGUGUCUGUAAGUUAUUUUUGCAUUGCUUUUCACUUAGGAAAUAGCACAGAUUGAACUCCAAAUGAAAUACCCCUCAUUAAUGUUGUCAACACUGAACUAGUGACAGUGGCUGGUGCAGUGAUGGAUUUAUAAGUGGGACCCAUAGCUCUUAAAGGUACACACACACACAUACACACACACACACACACACACACACACACACAGACACACACACUCAAAUACACACAAAUAACACACCCACAGACACACAACAUACACACACACAACAUACAGACACACACACACAUUCAAAUACACACACACAACAGACACACAAACGCGCGCGCGCGCGCACACACACACACACACACACACACACACACACACACACACACACACAGGCACACACAUUCAAAUACACACACACACACACACACACACACAGGCACACACAUUCAAAUACACACACACACACACACACACACACACACACACACACACACACACACACACAGGCACACACAUUCAAAUACACACACACACACACAGGCACACAAACAUACACACAGCUUUUGACUGCCAUGGCUACAUCAACAACUCCUUGUCCCAUCCUGCCUUCUGUAAGGACUCUGUUCUGUUCUCGUGUUCCUCCACCUCCAUUGUAUUUGCUGCAAAGAUGAGACUUUCUGCACCGAAUGAUAGAUGUGGGAGGACUUCAGAGCUUGGAUCUGGUCCAGUAGUUGUGGCAGUACUGUCUGUGUCUGCGUAUGACCUGUCCGAAGCACGCUGCUAAGGUGGAAUCCCAUCUGUAUGUGACUUUGUUUAAUCUGGGGAGGCUGAUGCAUGGGCAGUCUGACAGAUCAGGGUCAGAGUCCAGUGACGUGGAGUGCAAGACGACUGGGGACCUUCGCUCCACCUUCACUGCCGCUGUGAUGUGCCAUCAUUUUCUGUGAGCUCGCCACUGAGGUCUCCGUUGGACUGCCCUUUGCUGGACCUUAUCACCCAACCAGGGGCUAAACACCAGACAGCUAAACUAGACAGCAUCUCUCUUGGGGUCUCAGGAACUCACAAAUGACAACGUGACAAUGCUCGGAGAAGAAGCCUUACUCCAUGAUGUGCCCUGUGUUGGGUCUUCACUGCAGGCCCCUGUAUAAAGGCGAUCGAGGUCUGAUCCUCUGCCUCAGUCUCCAGGACGUAGUGUGGUGGUCACUCACUGCUGGUUCCUUCUUCAGUCAAUAAAAGCCGAUAUCUCGCCUUACGUCUCAGAGUGAGUUAUUGAUGGUGCAUCAAUUUUAUUGACCUGAACAUUUUAAAACAUGAAAACCGUUUUACGUCCGGAAAGGUUGGAUUUGGACCCUCAAGACCCUGAAGCAGCUCUUGCUUUUGAACUCUGGCUUGCAUGCUUCCAAUCGUACUUGGCGGAGCUUCGUGCGACUGACCCUGCCGUUAUGUACAGAAUUCUCCUCUCGAGGGUCACCCGAAAAGUUUAUUCCAGUAUCCGGGACCUGCCGACCUACGCAGGGGCACUGGACGCCCUCAAAAGACAGUACCUGCGGCCGGUGAACACCGUCUACGCAAGACAUCGUUUAGCUACCCGGCGACAGCGGCCUGGCGAAUCGUGCGCUGAGUUUCUCCGAGCACUACAGACGCUCGUCCGAACUUGUGACUGCGAAACGCUCACAGCAGAACAACAUGCGGAGCUGCUGGUGCGAGACGCCUUUGUGACGGGACUGAGGUCAGUGUACGUGCGCCAGCAACUGCUGGAACACUCCGACCUUACCUUACCCUCGGCGAUCGAGACGGCCAACGCUCUGGAAGCUGCACUGCACUACGCCAACGCUGUCCAGUCGCGCGAUUCCCCACCAGUUCCGUGGACCUCAGAUCCCACCACCGCCGGCUCCCGCGAGCGAAAUCGCCGCUGCCAGUCGCGAUUCCACGAGCUCCCCGAACCUGACCACGGCGGUGGCCUAUCAGAAGCCUGUGCUUUGUUAUUUCUGUGGCCAUAAAAAACACUCUCGAAAACGCUGCCCAGCGCGAGAAGCGACCUGCUCCAGCUGCGGAAAGCGGGGCCAUUUCGCCAAGGUCUGUAAGUCUCAACUGCGAGCGGAGUGCAGCGCUGCGGGUGAAACAUGGGGGCUGCCAUCUUGCAUGCCCGGAUGUGGGCGGCCAUCUUUGUCGACAUCAGCACGCCCCGCCCCCGGCCCUCCGAUGCGUACCGGGUACCCCGGAUGUGGGCGGCCAUCUUUGUCGGCGUCAGCACGCCCCACCCCCGACCCUCCGAUGCGUACCGGGUACCCCGGAUGUGGGCGGCCAUCUUUGUUGACGUCAGCACGCCCCAUCCCCGACCCUCCGAUGCUUACCGGGUACCCCGACGGCUCAACUCUGGCCACUGUAACCCUCGACCAAAGCGCCCCAAACCAGCUUACAAGGUCCAUGAUGGACAUCCGGGUGGAGGGGCACAGGACUAGAUGCCUGUUUGACAUGGGCAGCACUAAGAGCUUCAUUCACCCGGACACAGUGCAACGCUGCGGACUCGCAACACGGCCAGUAAGCCAGAAGAUCCAUUUGGUUUCUGGGUCGCAUUCCACAGACAUCCGGGCGGGUUGUGUAGCGACAUUGGUGGUGCAAGGCACAGAAUAUCAGAACUUUGCGCUACUGGUCAUGCCUAAACUGUGCGCACCUGUGCUAUUGGGGCUGGACUUCCAGAGCCAUCUCGAAAGUGUGACUAUGGUAUAUGAUGGGCCCCUCCCACCACUCACUGUCAGGAAUCCUCAGUUUUGUGGGACUUCAUCACUACUGACCACACACACACAGCGACACACACAUCCCAUCCAACACCAUGCCGACAGCUGCGCUACCGACACCACUUGCAGUCUCUCCACCCUCAAGGUCCCUCCCCCACCGCUGUUCGCCAACCUGACCCCGACUGUAAACCGGUGGCAACUAAAAGCAGGAGGUACAGUGCGGGGAACAGGGCCUUCAUUCAGUCAGAGGUGCAGUGGCUGCUCAGGGAGGGGAUCAUCGAGCCAAGCACAAGCCCUUGGAGGGCCCAGGUGGUCGGACGGUGGCCCCACCCCCCCCCACGAACUCCUAUUCUCUUUUCCCAGGAAGUUUGUCACUCUACCAGUUUGGCUGAUGUCCCAGGGGCCAGUGCUGCUCCGGAAACAUGUGAGGAGCAAUAAAUACUCCCUGUUGGUCGAGAGGGUUCACCUUCUGCAUGCGAACCCCCAGUAUUGCUACGUGGUCUUACCUGAUGGGCGGGAGGACACGGUCUCCAUCCGCGACCUGGCACCCGCAGGUGCAGCAGACCACUACCCUGAACACUUUCCGGUAACUAUGAACCCUGUACCCGAGAUGACACCGCGCUCACCAGGCCCUACACAGACUCCUCAUGACACUUAUAUACCAGGUGCCUCGCACAUGCAUGAGCUGGAACCAGCACAACCUCCGUCUCCUGUGCAAUCACCAAUGUCGCCGGCAUCGGUGC